AUGGAGGCAACAGCUACCAUGGCACCAACACCGCCUUCCAUGGCCUGGGGCUGGGACGGCGACGUUGACAAAACGCACUUCUCCGGCAACGAUGCCGAGCAGGUGUCUCACCAUAAUAUUCUUCUCUCCGUCUUUCGAUAUUGGCAACGUCUCAUGGCGUUCAAAAACGACCGCGAGCCGGCCGCAAACGGCACUCAACCUCUUACACGACAUUCCGUAGCCGCCGGAACGCAAGCGGCUCUCCAGAAAUUGUGUACGACCUCCCUCGACGAGCUUCCAGGGGCCAUCUUGGCGUUCACUGAAACCGUCGACGUUACCUCGACACCGGAGAAGGGAGAUGAGGUGUACUUUCCAACCCCUCUCCGGGAGCAGGAGGCCACGGCGGCGAUCAAGGCACUCGAGGCCUGUGCCGCAGCUGCCAUUGCCAAAAUUCGAUAUGGCACCGAAACCAACAAGAUCCAGGUGGAUCCGGACAAGGUCUCCGCCUUCUUGAUGUCGGCCUAUCUUACCACAUUGGACGGCAUCGAUAAGCCAGACCCUCGUAUCAAGGGCAGGAUCCCAGACACGGACUUAAACCGGGCCCAAUCCGUCCUCUACCGCCGAAUGUCGGCGAACCUAUACAGCACCAAGAACCCCAACGAGUAUUUCCACAUUCAUGGCUCCCUCGAUGCCGAUGUAACCCUCCAAAUGCUCGGCCUGCCCAAGGAGAAUCCUGAAAUGACCGACUACCACACCAUCAUCGACUACAUUGAGUCUGCAGUCAAGAAGCAUACGGCUGCCGAGCUCGACGCCCUCAACGUCGCCCAUCGGCAAGCCGGCAUUCAGGCCCUCACAUGGACCCAAUUUCAAGCCACCCCGCACGGCAAAGCCAUGUUGGACCUCCCGCCGCUUACCAUCCGCCCCAAUCCCUCCGACACCCACACCACCCCGCCCGCUCCCUUCCCCCCACUCCCUACCCCAUCCUCGAGCCCCCAAUACGCCCUAGCCGGCAUCAAAGUCGUCGAGCUCUGCCGCAUCAUCGCCGGCCCAACAAUCGGCCGGUCGCUCGCGGCCCACGGCGCCCAAGUCCUCAAAGUCACCUCCCCACACCUCCCGGACGUCCCAUUCUUCCAGCUCGACGUCAACACGGGCAAGCACGCCAUCCAUCUAGACCUGCGCCGGUCCUGCCCCCGUGAUCGCGCCGCCUUUGCCGCUCUCCUCGCGGACGCGGACGUGCUCAUUGACGGCUACCGGCCGGGCGCGCUGGCGCGCCUCGGGUACGGGCCCGACUUCCUCGGCGAGCUCGCACGCUCCCGCGGGAAAGGCUUCGUCUACGUAGCCGAGGACUGCUUCGGCGGCGCGGACCUUCCGGCCUCCGCCGGCGCCGAGUGGGCCACACGGCCCGGGUGGCAGCAGAUCGCCGACUGCGUAACGGGCGUCGCCUGGGCGCAGGGCCGGUUCAUGGGACUCGACGAGCCCGUCGUCCCGCCCUUCCCCAUGUCGGACUACGGCACGGGCGCGCUGGGCUCCGCCGCCGCCCUGGCGGGCCUCUACCGCCGCGCCACCGAGGGCGGCUCCUGGAUCUGCCGCACCAGCCUCGUCCAGUACGACGUCUUCCUCAUGGGCCUCGGCCUGCUGCCGGAAGCGGAGCAGGACCGGCUGCGCCGCGCGCACGACAACGACGCCGGCUUCUUUGGCCUGCGCCAUAGCGACUCGGUCGACGAGGUCGGCAAGCGCGCGCUGGCGAGCAUGCGGAAGGUGGUGCCGCGGCUGUUUGCGGAGGGCGGACGCGAGGGCGCUGAAGCGCUGAUGCAGGAGGCAUGGAGCGAGGCGUUUCGCGGCGUGGUGAGGUGGCCGAGGGAGGCGGUUGAGAUCGAGGGCCUGCGGGUCGGGCACGUGCGAACGGCGAGGCCGAAUGGGUGGGAUAAGCAGGUUGGAUGGGAGGGGUGGCGGGAAGAGAUUGGCGAAGAGGUUGCUCGGGGUGCGGGAAAGCGGUAG